AUGCCAUUUUAUGGAACCGAAACCAAAUUUAGCUUACAACAGCGACCUUACUGGAGUACUGGACAUUCAGAGAAAUUUCUUUCAGCUACGUGGUCAUCGGCACCGGCAUCUCGACAUUCGUCGGCUGGAGUCUUCGUUGCGGUUCUGACAGCUUUCCUGAUGUUUGUGCUCGGGUUGCUCGUCGGUGCCUUCCUCCACGCAAUUGCCUUUCCGGAUGGGGGAUCCCCACUGGUAGGUUUAAAACUUCAUUGUGGUGUCGCACUGGAUAGUUAA